GGGAUGGACUUGUAGUAAUGUACACGAUUUCUUAGAUGACAUGGAUAUAUUGGCUGAGGAGGAAUAAAUCAUUUGCUCCUAAAAUCAAUUGGAUGAUGACUUUUGCACGUGCGGCAAUAAUCAAAAAGAAAAUGAUCAAUUAAAAGGACAAAUACAAGACUUAAAACGGUAUAUUCUUCGAAAUGGUGCAGUUAUUUUACUUCGAGACACGAGGGAAAUGUUGCAAGAAGAUUUUAAACCAUGAAGGGGUCCCGACAAAGGUUCAUUUGUUCCCAUACGAAGGGUGGGCCCAAUCAGCAAUGACGUCAUAUUGGCUGCUGAAAACCUAUUGGUGGAGUAGGUCACGUGUUAAAAUCACAGAAGUUACAGGGUCGCAAACGCAUGAAGUAAAGGGGAAAAUUCGGUGCAUCAAAAAUGGUUCUAUUGUCAUUUCCGGUAAAAUCAAAGACAAGACAAACAGCGACUACAGAAUGUAUCUCACAUCGAAUGUUGAUAGUGCUGAUUUCCAGCUUGGCUAUUGUGUGACAGGAACACUAGAAAGGGGACGGAAGAAGUCAGAAAAGGGACUAAGUCUGACACAUUAUGCCAUGAUUAAACGAAUAGGGUACUAAUAUGAUAAUUUCAAUAGUGUAGGAUCGUGUCGGACUUUGCUUUAGUUCUUAAUGGUAUAAUUGUUAAAACUGAAUGUUAGAUAAUAAAUACCAUAUUUGUUUAUAAAUAAAUUGAACGUUAAACGGCAUACAUAUAUAUUUAUGUUUGUUAAACAUAUAUUAUUGUGUUAAUUGUUGUUAAAUGUUUACACUAUUUAUUAUCAAUAUUGUACUUUGAAAUACUGCCAUACAUUGAGAUUGCUUCCGUAUUUAUUCGAUUAGUGUUGGUUUUGCAUUCGAUACAUAUACUUUAUGUUUGAGAGGCAAUUUAUUGGAGCCAUAUAAAAAAACAUUUAUUGAUUUGAAAUUUACUGUUCCAACAUUGUUUUGUUUUGCUUUUACUUUUUUUUGUUGGUACAUGCGGUAAAUAUGCGUUUAUAAACACAGCAAUGAAAAUCAGACUAGAAACAACUUCACUUGCUAUUGCCAACUGAGGUUUAUAUGAUAGAUCAAUGACCUUUAUUGCACGUUCGAAUAUGUUCUUGAAAUUGUUAAUUUGUAUCUAAAAAACUGUUCAUGAAAAGUUGAAUGAAUACUUGCUUAUAGUCUGUUUUAUUUUGAAAAACAUACAAUAAAAUAUUAUUAUACAUUUCUAUUAAACAAAAAUAGUUUACUUAAAGAUUAUGACAGCUGUUGAAAUCGGAACUAACUUUUAAAAAUAGAAAUGGGGAACUAACAUUCAAUGGAAGUGAUCUAUUUCAAUCUCUUAAAGCCAAACAUAGCUUCUCUGCACUUCAAACAAGAUCCUUACCAAUUUCGAUUAUAACAUACCAUAUCUUCUGAUCACUAAAUUCAAACGGAUGAAUUUAGAGACAACCCAUUGACAAAGCUAUCACUGUAUAAGAAA